GCCAUCAGCAGUCGAUCCGAAAUCCGACUUUAUCCGAGAAACAUGGCGUCUCCCAUGUGGUGAACGUGCUUGAGCCUCGAUAACCUCGUCAAGAGCGGUCAGUGUAAUUAUUUCCAAGCUCUCGUCUCUAGCACAACGUGCAAGUCUGUUCGAUACCUGACGCAGUCGAGAUCCGGUGAGAAGACAGCCGCGUUUUUCGCCAUGCCUCGCAUCAAGUACGUUGGCUACCCGUCCCCGUACCUCGGCAAGCACUUGCUCUGGCUGCUCGGCAACCUCAAGAACUUCGGCGUCGGCCGCGUCGUGACGCGAACCGGGUUCGAGCGCUACCCGGAGCCGUCGUACUACGUGAUCACGAAGGUCGUGCCGUACAUGGACGACGCCAACCAGUACGGCGACGUCUGGGCCGAAACCGUGUACCGGGGCCGCCGAUUCGGGGUCGUCCAGCUCGAGUCGCCCCAGGUGCCCGACUACAAGUUGGUGCCCAAGAGCGAAGAGGACCGACUCCUGUCGCUACCGGUCGCGGACCACGUGCCCAAAGUCCUGCCCCGCUACCUCAAGAUGCCGCCGUUGAUGCGUAUAGUCGCCGAGCGAGACCUUAAGGCUAAGGGCAUCGACGAGGACGCGGAGCUCAAGUUGCGGGCCGUCUACACCAGCUCCGACAUGAUGACCUAUCGCAUCGCGGAGGAAGGGGAAACGCCGGACGUCGAACACACCGACAUGAGGGAUUACAUCGCCGAAAAGUUUCGACAGGGCAUCAAGGAAAUUUAGGACCUCAUCUCCCCCCUCUUCAUCCGGUGCCGUGUUUUUGAAGGGAACACCAUGUGGCGCCCCUGUAUAUAAACGCGUAGAUAUAUGUUGAAAUUACAAAUCCU